GAGUAAAUGAAAAUGAAGACCUUCUACUUGCACAAUAUAAUUUAGUGAAAUCAUAAAAUUAUGUCUCUUUGAUUGUUUGGUGUUUUAUCUUACAUUAUAUAGAAUCUUAGUAAAAGUAAAACUGUGAGAAGAGGAUCUGAUUAUGACCAACUCUGAUCAGUGGCAUGUUGACAGUAUUGACAAUGCACUUGCUGCUGACUUUGAAGGAAGCCUUUCAGGUUUGGGAAUGGAGUUAGGCACUGGUUCCUUCAACAUGAGUGAAACGUUGAUGGCUUUACCAACCCUAAACAGUUUGAAACAAGAACAUGAGUCAAAUGGUGACACUUCCAAUGAUAAUGGUGAGAAUCAAAGUCAAAGCAGUGAAGAAAUGCUUCGACCAUCUCAAGUGGUGCUUCAAGGGAAAAAAAACAGAUUGCCUCUCUUGAAUGACGAUGAUGACGAUGACACAUUCAGCACGACUAAACGUUUUUGUGUCAGUACUGACCGAGAACCAGAAGAUAGUUUACAACCAGAUGCUACCAGGUAUCGACACAGCUCUUCAUUCCCUGAUCUUCGGGCAGCAGUAUCUUCUUCUACUACUGUUGACACUUCUGUCCUCACUCACAUGAUCCAACUGUCCUUAGUGUCUCCCUCAACCCUACAGAACCAGGUGUCAACACAAGAAAACAGUUCAUCUCUUGUUUUUCCUGUGCUUCGUAAUACAGACUUUCAAUACAUAUUAGGAGCUGCUACUGCUCUGGCAACUAAAAUGCAUGAGGAAACAAUGACCUAUCUUAACCAAGGGCAGUCAUAUGAAAUUAAACUGAAAAAGUUAGGAGAUCUGACAGAAAUGCGAGAAAAGUUGUUAAAGAGCAUUAUAAGAUUUGGAUUUCAUGAAAGGAGACUUCAGUAUGUAGAAAAGGAGCAAAUUACACAAUGGCAACAACAGCGCCCAUCAGAGAGAGUGUUAGAAAUAGACAUUCCAUUGUCAUAUGGAAUUUAUGAAGUUGUACAUGACCCCCAGAAAAGUAACAAGUGUGAGUUCCUGUGGGAUCCUACCAAAGAAACAGGAGUGUUCAUCAAGCCAAAGGGUGCUGACAGAAAACACAAGACAGAUCGAGAGAAGAUGAUUAAGAGACCUCAGUCAGAACAAGAUAAAUUUCAACCUUCAUAUGACUGUACAGUCCUGACUGAGUGUUUAUCAGAAACUUUAUAUUCAACAAGCCCACCUCUUGUUACUGGUAACACUUCGUCAUCCUUCACAAAUACAACUUCCACUUCAAGCAAUCUCUCACCAAAAAGCUCAAGUCCCGACUUAACAAGUGCCUCUAAGCCUAAUGAACAAAUCCAUUCUUCUCCAAGUCCAGUAAAUGAUGCUGUUCCCUUGCCUGAGACAUCUUCUCGGACCUCAUCACAUGCUCUCUCAUUGGACACCACUGCCUCGGAAGUUACCCAUUGGCUUCAACAGAAUAGGUUUGCCAAUCACUCUCAAACAUUCUCCAGCUUUUCUGGUGCAGAUUUAUUGCGACUGAACAGAAAUGAUCUUAUUCAGAUCUGUGGUCUCACAGAUGGGAUCCGGUUGUACAACACUCUACAUUCCAGGUAUGACUCAUGUUUUUCUUCUCUAAUUUCUUUUCUAGUGUUUCGAGCUGUUUUUCUGGAAAGCUUGACAGUAAAGAAUUUAGUAUUACAACUGAGCAACAUCUUUUCUCUGCCUCUUCAGACUCAUAUUUCACUGUGUGUUUGUGGACCAUCUGGUAUCAAAGUUUUAGUGACAGACGAGGUAAUCGAAAACAUGCAGGAUGAAGCAAUGUUUGUCAUCAGUCAAACUCUAGACCAAACCAAUGAAGUGUUCCAGGUGUUUUUGAAGCCAUACUCACCAUAGAACGACUCAACUUUCAGAAUGGAAUUAUUGUUUUACAAAACGUUUUCAUAUUGUCAUAGAAUAUCACAAUUUUGUAUAUUGUAAAUAUUCAUUGUUUAUCAUUCUGUGUGAUUUAUUGUCUGUAUGAUAUUAACAGUCAAAGAGUAUUGUUAGUUGUAUAGAUGUGUGGAAAGCUUGACUCUUUACUUGGUUGUAAUUUUUGUCAUAAAGUUUUCACCACCAAGACUACAAUGUGGUGAGGUGAGUGCCUGUGUGUAAUAUUAAGGUAUAUUAAACCAGAUAUUAGGCAGUUGGGAUAAUGUGACCUGGAAUUCAGUGAAAAACAUUUUUAAGCAAAUGAUUUUAUGGACAAUACACCAGCAAACUGUGAUCCACAUCUUUUUCUAAAUGAUAACCAGUUCUUAUAUAAAGAGAUUGGGAAAUUGUUAUUUUGGCAGCUUUUUAUCUUUAAAACCUGGUAAUCUAAUAUAAGUUAACUAAUGGCUACAGCAUGAAAACUGAAAACUUAGUAAUAUGUCUAACUCUAGAAGUGACAAUAAUGUAAUAUAACCUGUAACUAAUGGCUACAGCAUGAAAACUGAAAACUUAGUAAUAUGUCUAACUCUAGAAGUGACAAUAAUGUAAUAUAACCUGUAACUAAUGGCUACAGCAUGAAAACUGAAAACUUAGUAAUAUGUCUAACUCUAGAAGUGACAAUAAUGUUAUAUAACCUGUAACUAAUGGCUACAGCAUGAAAACUGAAAACUUAGUAAUAUGUCUAACUCUUGAAGUGACAAUAAUGUAAUAUAACCUGUAACUAAUGGCUACAGCAUGAAAACUGGUAAUAGUGCAUCCAAAAGGAGCUAAUUAUUAUGUGUUGACAUAAUUACAUGACAGCUAUUAACAAUUCUGUAGUUACAUGGCUGCUGGUAUCAGUUUUGUAGUUACAUGGUUGCUGGUAACAGUUCUGUAAUUACAUGGCAACUGUUAACAGUUCUGUAGUUACAUGGCUGCUGCUAACAGUUCUGUAAUUACAUGGCAGUUGUUAACAGUUCUGUAGUUACAUGGCUGCUGGUAACAGUUCUGUAAUUACAUGGCAACUGGUAACAGUUCUGUAGUUACAUGGCUGCUGCUAACAGUUCUGUAAUUACAUGGCAGUUGUUAACAGUUCUGUAAUUACAUGGCAACUGUUAACAGUUCUAUUGUUACAUGUCAACUGUUGACAGUUCUGUAAUUACAUGGCAGUUGUUAACAGUUCUGUAAUUACAAGGCAGUUGUUAACAGUUCUAUUGUUACAUGUCAACUGUUGACAGUUCUGUAGUUACAUGUCAACUGUUAACAGUUCUGUAAUUACAUGGCAACUGUUAACAGUUCUGUAAUUACAUGGCAACUGUUAACAGUUCUGUAAUUACAUGUCAACUGUUGACAGUUCUGUAGUUACAUGGCAACUGGUAACAGUUCUGUAAUUACAUGGCAACUGGUAACAGUUCUGUAAUUACAUGGCAACUGUUAACAGUUCUGUAAUUACAUGUCAACUGUUAACAGUUCUGUAGUCAACUGUUAACAGUUCUGUAGUUAACUGUCAACAGUUCUAUAAUUCUGUGUCAACUGUUAACAGCUCUGUAGUUAACUGUCAACAGUUCUAUAGUUAUGUGUCAAUUGUUAACAGUUCUGUAGUUAUGUGUCAACUGUUAAAAGUUCUGUAGUUAACUGUCAACUGUUAAAAGUUCUGUAGUUAACUGUCAACUGUCAACAGUUCUAUAGUUAUGUGUCAAUUGUUAACAGUUCUGUAGUUAUGUGUCAAGUGUUAACAUUUCUGUAGUUACCUGUCAACUGUUAACAGUUCUGUAGUUACCUGUCAACUGUUAACAGUUCUGUAGUUACCUGUCAACUGUCAAAAGUUCUGUAGUUAACUGUCAACUGUCAACAGUUCUAUAGUUAUGUGUCAAUUGUUAACAGUUCUGUAGUUAUGUGUCAAGUGUUAACAUUUCUGUAGUUACCUGUCAACUGUUAACAGUUCUGUAGUUACCUGUCAACUGUUAACAGUUCUGUAGUUACCUGUCAACUGUUAACAGUUCUGUAUGGGACCAAUUGUGUAAAUGAUUAUUAUGUUGGUAAGAGGGAAGUAUUCAAAUUUAGGUUUUAAUAAUCUUGAAAAAUACAGGAUGUCCCCGAAGUCUAGAUCCAUAGGGAAAAUACAAGAUGUCCUAGAAGUCUGGACCCAUAUAGUUAAUACAGGGUGCCCCAGAAAUCUGGACCCAUAGGGAAAAUAGUAAUUAUUUUCUUUCAACUCAUUUCCAAUGUCAGUUGUACAUAUUUCAGGAAAGGAAAUACCCUGAUGUCACAGUAUACCAGGAAUUGAUAUGUUAAUGGCAUGGAAUUUGAAUAAUAAAUGUAUUUUUCUUCAUGGGUCCAGACUUCUUUUGUAAAGUUUUAGGCAAAUUCUACUAAUUUAUAUUGUGAAAAAUUUCAGUAUGUUUACUACUUCAUAAUUAAUAACUUUGGAAUCAUUUUUUAUACCAGUUUCGAAAAAGUCCACAUUUGAACUUGGAAGUGUUUGUUGGUUGCUGGUUGUAUAAACUCUGGAUCUGACCUACAUUUUUCAUGUUGCAGCAUGUAGUAGAUAACUGUGGCUUGUGUACUCUGUGGUUAACAAAGAGAGUUCUUGUGUUUUUCAAUUGUGUUAUUAAAUAUUAUCAUAAUAAUUUGUUAUUGUUUUACACAAGAAAUGUUUUUAUUGGUUUCAGCUGAAAUGUGCUGUAUUUUGACAAAAUAAAAAAUUAGUUUUAUGUUA